UCCUCCUCCACUCGCCUUCUGUAAUUCGAAGCUUUCAUCUCUCUGUCUUUCUUUUUCUCCCUAAUUUUUAUUAUUUGUGCCCGUUAGAGAGUCUAAACACAAAGGUCUAUUAUUCUCGAACGAAUCACAGAGGAUACAAGAUUCGAGAUCUCUGAUUUUCGGGAGGAUAGUAUUGGGUUCCUUUGCUGAUUGUUUUGUCGCGUCCAUAUCUUUUUCAAUUUUUACUCUUGAACCAUUCAGGCUGUUUUUUUCGGUGGGUUGGGUGCGUUGAUCGGGGUUUAAUCCUUUCACUGGGUCAUUGCUGCUGCUACGCAGUAUCUGAGUCCAUAGCGUAUUUUUCUUGCUUCUUUUCGUUCUGGAAAGAAGAUUUUGAUGGAUUUUUGGCAUUCUUGUGACAAGAUGCUCUUGAUUUGUGUGGAUGAAACCAUGGAAUGGGUAUGGGGGAUUCAUCUGGCUAAUCAGCUUUGACACUUUCGGAUAGUUGCGAGGGUUAUGCAGUUCUGAGUUGGGAAACAGUUUAAAAAUUUGUUCGAUGAUUUUCGAAUAGUGAGACGCGUGCAUUUGCGUAUGGAAUUAUUGAUUGUAUAGGAGAGAAGAAAUCUGGUGUUUUAGAUUUAUUCGUGGUAUUUUUAUUUGGGUACUUGAAUAGGAAAAGGUUGGUUCCUAUCUGGUCUUGUGAUUCUGUGGAUAAGGAAAGACAAUCAAAUCUUUCGGCGAAGUUAAAGACUGUUUGGCACUGUUUGACCGGCGGGUGGUUUCUGCAGCCAUGGCCAUUCAUGAUCAAAAUGGAGUCACCAGACCUCACGGCAGCAUUCCAGUAGGAAAUGGAGUAUCUUUGAGCUCUGGACUACAUCCCGUUGCACGCGCUCAUCUAAAUGAUCAAUUUUCUUGUGCGAAUGACUAUGCUCCAAAGGUAAGGAAACCGUAUACUAUCACAAAACAAAGAGAGAGAUGGACAGAUGAAGAGCACAAGAAGUUUCUUGAAGCUUUAAAAUUGUACGGGCGGGCAUGGCGAAAGAUUGAAGAACAUGUUGGCACAAAGACCACAGUUCAGAUUCGAAGUCAUGCUCAGAAGUUCUUUUCUAAGGUUCUUCGUGAUCCUUGUGGGAACAGUACAGAGUCGAUGGAGUCCAUUGAAAUUCCACCACCACGUCCAAAACGAAAGCCUAUGCAUCCGUACCCUCGUAAGCUGGUGGAGCUCCCUAACAAAGAAGCUUCCAUACCAAAACAGCUAAUGAUGUCUAAUUCUCUGAAAUCAUUAGAUUUUGACCAAGAAAACCAAUCUCCCAAGUCAGUGUUAUCUGCAGUUGGUUCAGACACCCUUGGUUCCUCUGAUUCAGACACACCAAAUGGAAGCUCGUCCCCAGUUUCAUCCAUUAGCACUGUUCAUACCAACAGCUUCGUAGUUGCUGAACCUGAAAUCCUACAAUUGGAGGAGGAUGGGUCUCCACCAUCGGCUGGACUAAAUGCUGAUCUAACUCCUGAUGAGCAACCACUUAUGAAGCAUGAAUAUAUCCGGAAAGAAAGCAUAUCUACCAAGGAAGACGCUGCAGAAGAAUCAUCUGCUCGGAUUCUGAAGCUUUUUGGGACGACUUUAUUGGUAACAGAUAACUGCGGGCUAUCCUCUCCAACAAUGGAAGCAUGCAAGUUGCUUAACUCAAAUUUUUUGCCAAUGAAAUCUCCUGACCGGGAUGUGGAACGUGAUGAGAAUAAUUUGCAUAAUGGAACACGCCGUGCUGUCUAUAACAUGCAUUUUGAGAGUGGAAAUUCAGGGCUUGCAGAAGGUGCUUCUGCUUCUUUUGUUCCAUGUUGGAGUAUUCCCCACAUCAGAUCACUGCCCAAGAAGGUGCAUGAAGGAAAACAACCAGACUCCAGUCUUAGGGAAAUUGAACAUGUAGAAGUUAUAAAUGAAGGAUAUUUGACUAAUCCAAACAUUUGCUCUUCUGUGGAUAAGGAUGAAAAGCCAGAUAUGGAAGCCAAAAGAGAUACUAAAGCUAUUUUUGAUCUGAAGAAGUGUGGGAAAGGGUUUGUGCCAUACAAGAGGUGCAUCGCAGAGAGGGAAAACCACGCCUCAUCAGUAACUAAAGAGGAAAGGGAAGAACAACGGAUUCGCCUUUCCUUGUAAUGAAUUUCAAAUGACUGAUAUUCUUCUUCACAGAAGUUCGCUUUUUCAGCCGUUUCGGUUGGUAUGAAUGAGGAAGGAACGGGAGCUGUGAAGUGUGGGAAUUAUGUAUAAAGAAUCCUCUAAAACUCAGCUGUAAUUUAAGGAGGAAGAGGGGAUAUGUGGUUUAUCUAUGUAAUGUGAGUUUCCCAUGUCUUUCUCUUCAUUCCUUGUUUCUCUCUGAACUUACGGAGUGACUUGGAGGAAAAUUUUGACAUUUCUCCCAUCUGUGCAAAUUUUUGUUAUGGUGCUUUUUGAUUAUUUACAUUUGCUGAAGAAAAAAUCCACAAAUUUUCCUUUGCCUCUCCCCCCUUCCAGAAAUUUUAUGCAUAUACACUAUAAGAUCUACUUUGUGGUAUUUUGUAGUCGUUGUAUGGGUGCUUGUGAUUCUCCAUGUUCUUCUCCCUUAGUUAACUGUGAAUUUUGUAGCUUUUUUCUU